AUAGCGGCGGCGGCAAGCCCGGAUUCUCGGAACGCUUCUGCGCCAGCAGCGCAGAGCCGGGCCCUAUAAGCGGAGGAGGGUGGAGCUCCUUUUGCGUAGGCAGGGGCGGGGAGGAGGCUUGUCCUAACCGGGCCCAGGUGAAUGGAGGAGCCUGACAGUUAAAAGAGGCGGAGGCGGCGAAAUGGCGGCGGGGGCAGGAGCGGCAGCGGCAUAAUGAGGCGACGCCUGUAACCGGGGCAGCUCCAGGCUGGGUCCCGCCUGGCAGGAUAUCUAGGUUUGAAACAAAGUUACAGGCUUGGAACCUCUGGAUAAGCUCAAUAUCAAGAUUCAAGGAGCUGAGCAGCAAUGUGAUUAGCCUCGAAGCAGAUAUAAUGGUGUCAAAAUGCAGUUCAGAGAACAUAUACUUAGAGGGCACAGAAACUAAUACGUAAGCUGUGUUGGAACAAAAAUGCAAUGAAAGAAACACUGGAUGAAUGAAUGAAAAGCCCUGCUUUGCAGUUCCUCAGCAUGGCAGGACUACAACUCAUGACCCCUGCUUCCUCACCAAUGGGUCCUUUUUUUGGACUUCCAUGGCAACAAGAAGCAAUUCAUGAUAAUAUUUACACGCCAAGAAAAUACCAGGUUGAACUGCUGGAAGCAGCUCUGGAUCAUAAUACAAUAGUCUGUUUAAACACUGGCUCAGGGAAGACUUUUAUUGCAGUACUACUCAUUAAAGAACUGUCUUAUCAGAUCAGGGGAGAUUUUAACAAAAAUGGAAAAAGAACAGUAUUCUUGGUCAACUCUGCAAACCAAGUUGCUCAGCAAGUGUCAACUGUUAGGACGCAUUCAGAUCUCAAGGUGGGAGAGUAUUCAAGUUUGGAAAUAACUGAAGCAUGGACAAAAGAGAAAUGGAACCAAGAAUUUGCUAAGUAUCAGGUUCUGGUAAUGACCUGUCGUGUCGCUUUGAAUAUUUUAAAAAAUGACCAUUUAUCUCUGUCAAACAUUAAUCUUCUUAUUUUUGAUGAGUGCCAUCUUGCAAUUCAGGAUCACCCCUAUCGAGAAAUUAUGCAGCUUUGUGAGAGUUGUCCAUCAUGCCCCCGAAUUUUAGGAUUAACAGCUUCCAUUUUAAAUGGGAAAUGUGAUCCAGCAGAGUUAGAAGAGAAGAUUCAGAAAUUGGAGAACAUUCUAAAGAGUAGUGCGGAAACUGCAACUGAUUUAGUGGUUUUGGACAGGUAUACUUCUCAGCCUUGUGAGAUUGUGGUAGACUGUGGACCAUAUGCUGACAAAAGUGGGCUCUAUGAAAGGUUGUUAACGGAGCUAGAUGAUGCACUUCACUUUCUGAAUGAUUGCAACAUUUCUGUACUGUGUAGAGAGAGAGAUUCUACCUUAAUUUCUAAACAGAUACUGUCAGACUGCCGAGCAGUGUUGCUUGUUCUGGGACCCUGGUGUGCUGAUAAAGUAGCUGGGAUGAUGGUGAGAGAGCUACAGAAGUACAUAAAGCACGAGCAAGAGGAGCUGCACAGGAAAUUUUUAUUGUUUACAGAUACUUUCCUAAGGAAAAUACAUGCACUCUGUGAAGAGCACUUCUCGCCUGCCUCACUUGACCUGAAAUUUGUAACCCCAAAAGUAAUAAAACUGCUUGAAAUUUUGCGUAAAUACAAGCCCUAUGAACGACAACAGUUUGAAAGUGUUGAGUGGUAUAAUAAUCGGAAUCAGGAUAAUUAUGUGUCCUGGAGUGAUUCUGAGGAUGAGGACGAAGAUGAAGAAAUAGAGGAGAAAGAGAAAACGGAAACUAAUUUUCCUUCUCCCUUUACUAAUAUUUUAUGUGGAAUUAUUUUUGUGGAAAGAAGAUACACAGCAGUUGUUUUGAACAGGUUGAUAAAAGAAGCUGGCAAACAAGACCCAGAGCUGGCUUACAUCAGCAGCAAUUUUAUAACUGGACAUGGCAUUGGAAAGAAUCAGCCCCGUAGUAAACAGAUGGAAGUAGAAUUCCGAAAGCAGGAAGAGGUACUUAGAAAAUUUCGAGCACACGAGACCAACUUACUAAUUGCAACUAGUAUUGUAGAAGAGGGUGUUGACAUACCAAAAUGCAAUUUGGUGGUUCGUUUUGAUUUGCCCACAGAAUAUCGUUCCUAUGUGCAGUCCAAAGGAAGGGCCAGGGCACCUAUCUCGAAUUACAUCAUGUUAGCAGAUUCAGACAAAAUCAAAUGUUUUGAAGAAGAUCUUAAAACCUACAAGGCAAUUGAGAAGAUCCUGAGGAACAAAUGCUCAAAGUCUGUGGAUACCAGUGAAACCGAAAAUGAACCCAUUAUAGAUGACGAUGAUAUCUUCCCACCAUAUGUGCUAAGACCAGAAGAUGCUGGUCCAAGAGUCACAAUAAACACUGCUAUUGGGCACAUUAAUAGGUACUGUGCUAGACUGCCAAGUGACCCGUUUACUCAUCUGGCUCCCAAGUGUAAAACUAGAGAACUCCCUGAUAACACAUUUUAUUCAACUCUUUAUCUACCUAUCAAUUCUCCUCUACGAGCAUCAAUAGUUGGUCCUCCAAUGAAUUGUACAAGAUUGGCAGAGAGAGUUGUUGCUCUUAUUUGCUGUGAAAAAUUGCAUAAGAUUGGUGAACUGGAUGAUCACUUGAUGCCUGUUGGAAAAGAGACAGUGAAAUAUGAGGAGGAACUUGAUUUGCAUGAUGAAGAAGAAACCAGUGUUCCAGGAAGGCCAGGCUCUACAAAACGAAGGCAAUGCUACCCUAAAGCUAUUCCAGAAUGUUUGACGGAUAGUUAUCCCAAACCUGACCAACCCUGUUACCUUUAUGUAAUUGGAAUGGUAUUAACUACCCCUCUACCUGAUGAGCUCAACUUCAGGCGGCGAAAGCUAUAUCCUCCUGAAGAUACUGCAAGAUGUUUUGGAAUACUGACAGCCAAACCUAUACCUCAGAUUCCUCACUUUCCUGUGUAUACCCGCUCGGGAGAAGUGACCAUAUCUAUUGAGCUAAAGAAAUCAGGAUUCACUUUGUCUUUACAAAUGCUUGAGUUGAUCACAAGACUUCACCAGUACAUUUUCUCUCACAUUCUUCGGCUUGAGAAACCUGCACUAGAAUUCAGACCUACCGAUGCUGAUUCAGCCUAUUGUGUUCUACCUCUUAAUGUUGUUGAUGGCUCCAGCACUUUGGACAUUGAUUUUAAAUUUAUGGAAGAUAUUGAAAAAUCUGAAGCACGUACAGGCAUUCCCAGUACACAGUAUACAAAAGAGACACCUUUUAUUUUCAAAUUAGAAGACUACCAGGAUGCAGUUAUCAUUCCAAGGUAUCGAAAUUUUGAUCAGCCUCAUCGAUUUUAUGUUGCUGAUGUCUACACAGAUCUUACUCCAUUGAGCAAAUUUCCUUCCCCAGAAUAUGAAACUUUUGCUGAAUAUUAUAAAACCAAGUAUAACCUUGACCUGACCAAUCUCAACCAGCCAUUGCUGGAUGUGGACCACACAUCUUCAAGACUUAAUCUUUUGACUCCUCGUCAUCUGAAUCAGAAGGGGAAAGCUCUUCCCUUGAGUAGUGCUGAGAAGAGGAAAGCUAAGUGGGAAAGUCUACAGAACAAGCAGAUUCUGGUUCCAGAACUCUGUGCUAUCCAUCCUAUUCCAGCAUCACUGUGGAGAAAAGCAGUUUGCCUCCCCAGCAUUCUUUAUCGUCUUCACUGCCUUUUGACAGCCGAGGAACUCAGAUCCCAAACCGCCAUUGAUGCUGGUGUAGGAGUUAAGUCACUUCCUUCAGAUUUCAGAUAUCCUAACCUGGACUUUGGGUGGAAAAAGUCUAUUGACAGCAAAUCCUUCAUCUCUGCUCCUAGCUCUUCUGUAGCAGAGAAUGAAAAUUAUUUUAAGCACAGCGCAAUUGUAGUCCCUGAAAAUGCUGCAUAUCAAGGUGCUAAUGAAACCUCUUCUGCAGAUAAGCAUGACCAAAUGUCUGUGAGCUACAGAACAUUGAUCGAGUCACCUAGUAAACUCCAAAAUGACGUCUCGGUAGAACUGGCAACAGUUAAUGGUGUUUCUUACAAUAAAAAUCUUGCCAACGGCAAUUUUGACUUAGCUAGCCGAGACUUUUGCCAAGGAAAUCAGCUAAAUUACUCCAGGCAGGAAAUACCUGUACAACCAACUACCUCGUAUCCUAUUCAGAAUUUAUACAACAGUGAGAACCAGCUCAAGCCCAGCAAUGAAUGUACUCUCCUGAGUAAUAAAUAUCUUGAUGGAAAUGUUAACAAAUCUACCUCAGAUGGAUGUCCCAGAAUGGCCCUGAACACCAGUGCUUCAGAUGCUUGUGAUCUUACAAAGGAAAGAAUGGAUUCUGUAACAAGCCCUUCCAAGGGAUACUCCUCAAAAACCCUUGGCCCAAACCCUGGUCUCAUUCUUCAGGCUUUGACUCUCUCAAAUGCUAGCGAUGGAUUUAAUCUGGAGCGUCUUGAAAUGCUUGGUGAUUCAUUUCUAAAGCAUGCCAUCACUACAUAUUUGUUUUGCACUUACCCUGAUGCUCAUGAGGGACGCCUGUCAUAUAUGAGAAGCAAAAAAGUCAGCAAUUGUAACUUGUAUCGUCUUGGAAAAAAGAAAGGGCUUCCUAGUCGCAUGGUGGUUUCUAUUUUUGACCCACCUGUCAACUGGCUUCCUCCUGGUUACAUAGUAAACCAAGACAAGAGUAAUGCAGACAAAUGGGAAAAAGAUGAAAUGGCAAAAGAGGGAUUGAUGUCUAAUGGAAAGGUUGAUGAUGAUUAUGAUGAUGACGACGACGACGACUUAAUGUGGCGAGUACCCAAGGAGGAAGCUGACUUUGAGGAUGACUUUAUGGAAUACGAUCAGGAGCAUAUCAAAUUCAUUGACAAUAUGUUAAUGGGUUCUGGAGCAUUUGUGAAGAAAAUAUCCCUUUCCCCAUUUUCACCCACUGAUAACAGUUAUGAAUGGAAACCACCCAAAAAAUCAACCAUGACUAAUGUCCAGUUUGCAUCAGAUUUUGAUGAUUUUGAUUACAGCUCAUGGGAUGCAAUGUGCUAUCUAGACCCUAGCAAGGCUGUUGAAGAGGAUGACUUUGUAGUAGGUUUCUGGAAUCCAUCAGAGGAAAAUUGUGGUAUUGAUGCUGGAAAACAGUCCAUCUCCUAUGACUUACAUACAGAACAAUGCAUUGCUGACAAAAGCAUUGCAGACUGUGUGGAAGCCCUUCUGGGCUGCUAUCUGACCAGCUGUGGUGAAAGAGCUGCCCAGCUUUUCCUCUGUUCACUGGGGCUAAAAGUGCUUCCGGUUAUUAAGAAAACUGAUUGGGAGAGUGCUCUGUAUUCCUACAGAGAGCAUUUUAACAGCCAGCAGAAACAUUCUUCAGCAAUCUGUGUUUCUGCCUCUCUAGCCAAUCAAGAGUCUUCUCUGUAUAAAGACUUGAUGUAUGGCUGUUUAAAGAUUCCUCCAAGAUGUAUGUUUGAUCAUCCAGAUGCUGAGCGAACCUUACAUCACCUUAUAUCUGGCUUUGAAAACUUCGAGAAGAAAAUUAGCUACAGUUUUAAGAAUAAGGCUUAUCUACUUCAGGCAUUUACUCAUGCCUCCUAUCAUUACAACACCAUUACUGAUUGUUACCAGCGGUUGGAAUUCCUGGGAGAUGCAAUUUUGGACUACCUCAUAACCAAGCACCUUUACGAAGACCCACGGCAGCACUCUCCUGGAGUUCUAACAGACCUGCGAUCUGCUCUUGUUAACAAUACCAUCUUUGCCUCAUUGGCUGUAAAGUACGACUACCACAAAUACUUCAAAGCUGUCUCUCCCGAGCUGUUUCAUGUUAUUGAUGACUUUGUGCAGUUUCAGAUGGAAAAAAAUGAAAUGCAAGGAAUGGAUUCCGAGCUCCGAAGAUCUGAAGAAGAUGAAGAAAAAGAGGAGGACAUAGAAGUACCAAAGGCCAUGGGGGAUAUAUUUGAGUCACUCGCUGGUGCCAUUUACAUGGAUAGUGGAAUGUCUCUUGAAAUGGUUUGGCAAGUGUACUAUCCAAUGAUGAGGCCAUUAAUAGAGAAAUUCUCUGCAAAUGUGCCCCGUUCCCCAGUACGAGAGCUGCUGGAAAUGGAGCCAGAGACAGCUAAAUUUAGUCCUGCGGAAAGAACCUAUGAUGGAAAGGUCAGAGUAACUGUGGAAGUUGUAGGAAAAGGAAAGUUCAAAGGUGUUGGAAGAAGCUAUCGGAUCGCCAAAUCUGCUGCAGCAAGAAGAGCUCUACGAAGCCUCAAAGCAAAUCAACCUCAGGUUCCAAAUAGCUGAGACACCUCUUAAAAACAACAACCACACACUCAAUAGAGAAAUUUAAAAGAUAUAUGUUGAGAGGAACAAACUGAAGACAGCAUUUAAAGUUUGAUAACAAAUAGCUAACAACAUUUAACAUGUACACAUAAUUUUGGAACGAAAUGUAGUUAUAGGUUUUUUUUGCGCAAACACAAUCUUGUCUUCUUUCCUCACUUCUGCUUUGUUUAAUCACAAGAGUGCUUUAAUGAUGACAUUUAGCAAGUGUUCAAAAUAAUUGUUGUCAGGUAUCUUUGGUUUACUUUGUCAGUACAGCUUUGCUUAGUGUUUAAAGGCCAGGGAGCUUAUGCCGAUUGCAGUUACUAUAUAUAUAUAUAUAUAUAUAUAUAUAUAUAUAUAUAUAUAUAUAUAUAUAUAUAUAUAUAGAAAUUCCUCAAAUCUGUGCACUAGUGCCAGUCACGAAGCAGUUUAUAAACUGCACCGGAUGAUUUGGUGUAAGGAUUAAGUGUGCCAGUAUUGUCCUUGUUCUUUCCAUGCCAUCUUUGCAUUAAGAUGGCAUUCCCAAUCAUUAUUGCACUUGUUUGUUAGGGACAGGUUUAAAUUGAAAUGUCUGGCAUCAGAUGGAUUUUAAAACUGAUGCUGCAUAGUCUUGCAUCAAAAGGUUCUUGCCUUAAAACUACAUAAGCCCUCACUAAUGCAACCUUUCAUUUCUGAACUCCUUGGAGCAAACUGUAUUACAUUCCCUUCAUUUUUAGAACGCAUUUUACAAUGAUGAAGCUCCAUAUUUACAGUACAACAUGUUAGUUUAGCUGUGACCUAACUUAUUACAGGACUGUAAUAGAAAUCGUAUUCAUAUAUAUGUAGUGAGGUUAUUUUUUAACAAUUCAGAGGAAAUGGUUAGUACAGAUCUUACUUGUUAUUGCAAACAGAAAAGUCUCUCGCUGAUUUCCAUUGUUACAGAAACCGAGACUGAGCACAGUCCACCACUCUUGUGGAACCUCCUUUCCCUUCAAGGGACUUGUGCAAGAGAUUUUCUUGGUGGAUUGCUGGCAUUGCUUCCAGUAUUGGAACUUUGUAAUAAUAGCUAAUUGCACAGUGCAAACUGUUGCUUUAAAAAGAACUUUUGACAUAUCUCACCUAAAAUAUGCUGCAGAUUUUAUAUUGGAUACAUAUUUAACAAAUGGAGCACCUUUACACAUUUAAGAGCGAUUUCCACGUAAAUUUCUUACUGUACUUUUCAGAAUUGCAUGCAUAUUUCACCUACCAAAGCUGUGCUGUUAAAUGCCAUGGAAGUUGUUGUGUGAGAGAAAUUGCCAUACUUUUGAUACAUCUGUGAUUUAAGUCCUUUACCUUAGAAUAACUAGCUCAUUAUUGUUGUUUCAGUUGAUAUGAAAGCAUACUUUGUAGGCUAUGCCUAAGUUUCUUUAGAUAUUUGUAGGCACCCUUCACUUAAAUACCUCAGUUCUUCUUUGUUCUUUUUGUGUCUUUUUCCCCUUUUGCAUGCAUUUUUGUUUGUUUUUGGUGCUAUGUGUAUGUAUUAUGCUUGAAAUUUUAAUUUUUGCACUGUAACUAUAAUACCUCUUAAUUUUACCUUGUUUAAAAAGCUGUGGGUCGUCUUGCACUCCCACCAAUAUCAAUAGAGGUUUGCUGCAAUUUUACCCCAUUAAUUAUGCUUGAAGUUUGAGAGAGCUGAGCAAGUUUUUUUUUUGUUUUCCAGCACAGUGGUCUGCUCUUGAUGCUGUUUUAUGUGUUAAAUUACAGAUAAUACUGUAUUCUGUGUUAAAGACACCCCCCUUCCUCACACAUGUGCAUUCAAAAUUUAAAGAGGGAAAAACAUCUGGCUAACCUUUCUAAAAGAGAAGAAUCAUACCUUAGUGGCAGAAGACAUUAAACUUUUUCUGAAAUACAGAAUUUAGUUUAACAAAUCUUUCUAACGAGGACAGUGAAAUGAAAGAUUUUUGUGUGACUUCAGUCACAGUGAGCAAGUAAAAUGUCAUGGAAGGAUUUAAAAAACAAGCUCAUGUGCAAGGAUGAACUACACACAUGGCUCAAAAGUUUCUUUGUUUUUUGCUGCAGACACCCCAUCCCCACCCCCCUGGAUGAGGAAGCAAGCCUCAUUUUCAGUUUGGAAAAUGACCAUUCUUCCAUGCUGGCACCCUGGAUCCAGGUAGGUUAGUGCUGCCUAGAGCUCGAAGACGGGAAUGUCAUUAGAGUCACAGGAUGUUUUAACUGUUCUUGGAAUUGGUCUUCAAAUACGUUCCUCGAGAGCAGCAACUUAGGAAGGUCUCUGAUUUCUCCUCUGCUUCAGGCUUGCAUUUUCUACUUUCACCUGCUUAUUUCUUUACUUGCUCUUUUUGUACUGUGUAAUUGGCCCAGGAUCCUUCUAAUUUCCUUUGUUCUUGCAUGCUUUGAUCUGUUUGUAUUUUUCACUGAUUGUUUUUUGUGUUCCAUGGAGGAUACUCCCAUCAACCCAAGUCCUAGUCAGAGUUCAGCGUCCUGCUGCUUUUUAGCUCACCGUGGCUACCUCAGAUAGCUUUGUUUUUCUCUUACAACUUGUGUUGUCUGUGUGUGAGAGAGGUUUGGUUGUUGUUAAAAAUCAAAUUUAUUCUGAAAAAAAUAUCUUCCACAAUAGAUUCUACCACUGCCCCCUCCCACUGUUGAUUUCCCCACGUUUUCCCUCUCUGAUUAAACUCCCUAGCUAUUGAGUCAAAUAAUUUUCCCUAUUCAUGCAGCUACAAUUAACUAAUGACAUGCAUUUUUUGUUAGCAGAAAUUGCAAACUUCUUUUCCCCCAACUUAACCUAUCCAGCAGCAGCCUACUGCAGCACCUGUUGCACAACAGCCAGGGCCUGGGCAUGCUCUGCUUAUGCUACUGCGGCCUGCCCUUGUAUGUCAUGACUACCCUGAUUUGCCUUCAGUGGCCAAAAGGAAAGUUACUCCACCCACCUAGUGACACUCCCACUCUAGGAAUGCCUCAGAUAUGCAUGUCAUUAAAGCAACGCACUGAAGUCUCCGUAUGAAUGAAUCAAAAUGGGCAAAGUUGUGGGAAGCAGGUCCACUGUGUCCAAAUGUUGGGCAUCCAAGUAUUUUCUGGAGCCUUGCAAGAUACCCAAGUCUCUGUAUUGACAAGACUAGUGGCUUCAUUGGCCAAACAUUUGUGCACCUUCCCAGACACGUGGGUCCCUUCUUCAUCCCAAAAGCCGAUUUGACCUUCCACUGAUACCAAGAGGUCAUCCUGCCUACUUUCUGCAGCUCCCCACUCCACCCCACUGAGAAGGUGCGGCACUCCCUAAGAUGCCUUUAAAGUGCUACAUCUCUAUGACUCAAACAUAAAAAGACUUCUUGUUGUUAUCUUUUCUGCCCUCAACCCAGGCAAAGCGGAUUAAGGCUGGCAUUUCCCUGUCUUGUGACUCCCUAAAGUUGCCACCACAACAAAUUUACCGCUCGCUCUAGCAGCAUUUUUCAACCAACACACCUCUUUAGGAGGUAUGCCAGGGAGCUACGGGGUCAUUUGUCAUUAUAAGGUAGACCUGUUUGCUUCAGCUGAAGUGGCCUUUGGAAGAUGAGUCUUACAAAGUGUGCUUCCUCCACCCUAGGCAGCCACCAAUAACCCUAUUGAUAUUGGUCAGCUUUCAAACAUCCCAUCUGGGUCCAGUAUGCCAGUACAGGAGAACAGUCUGUUGAAUCACCUGAAGGCUGUUUCUCCUUGCUGGCAUCCAAGACCCGGGGCUGCAUCCUGCUUUUUCAUGAAUGGCUGCCUACAGAUCAAACUUGUGGGGAGUGAUUAUAUGCACACGCAGAGAUGUUUAACUGAGUUCAGCCUAUCUCCAUUGGUAUGUGUGGUCUUCUGUCUGUCUCUGCUUCUUAGCUUGGCAAAACUACCUGGAGACUGCUCACGGGAACGCAGAGGUUAAAACUUCCUGGGAACCUAUUGAUAUUUCUGCCUUUGACUUCUAGGCAGCACUAACCUACCUGGGUCCAGGACACAGAGAAACACCCUUCAGGUGAUUCCAGCUGAUUCCAGUGGGCCCUUUUCAGCUUCAGUAUGAGCAGCUGCUGUGAAAAUGUCUGUGAAAAUGCCUACUACAUGCAUAGUAUUCCCAAAAUAUAGCUUUGUAUUGUGACAUUUGUUACAACGUUUAGGUAAAGCUGUAGUCCUCAAACCACUAAUCUGAUGUGCUGUAAAAGUAUUCUUACAAACAGUUUAACAAGACUUUUCAGUGCUAAGUGGAUUGAGGAUUACCAUCUAAAUUCUAUUCAUGCAUAGGUAGUUUAUGAAUAAACACUGUUAAAUCUACAAUUGCAGCCCAAAGCGAGGAUUUUGCAGCUCUAUUAAAUAAUAGUUACUAAUGUUGAUAGUUUUCUUUGCUGAUGCCCAGAUCAGCAUUUAAAAACUCGCAAGUUUCUGUAAUUCAAAAAAAGGGGCAUGUAUUAUCCCAAGCAAAUAUAUAAGCUUUGGUUUUUCUUUUCUUUUUGUGAAAUGCCAUAUGUAAAAUCAAAACCAAUCUCAUGAGACUGAAAGAUAGUAAAUGCUUCGCAUAAAUGUUUCAUACUUGGAUAAUUUCAAAGGUUAAGAGUGUAGCCUGAUGGCAAUAGGAAUAAUUACACUCUCUAAUCAGAAGUAUUCAAUCCCUCCCUGUUUAAGAAAGCUAAUGAAUUGAAACUGAAAAUACUGAGUAGGGGCCAAUGAUAAAUGUAGGUCCUGCUGCUGUUUGUGUGUGUGCGUGUUUAAUGCAACAACCUUUUUGCUGUAUGAUUUAAUUCAAAUAUUACAUAAUGCUGUUAGAAUGCAAAAUCACACUAGUUUCCAUGCUGUGCAACUGCUUUACCCACCUCCCCUUUUUAGUACAGUUGGAGUAUUGGAAAAUGUAUGCUAUUUAGACCUAAAUCUCACCCUUUGAAGGUUGGGAUCGAAAUCCCUUGACAUGCUACAAGCAUGAGAGGAAAUGGACUGUUGCAAGCCUGUCUUCACAAUGUAUCACACAGACCCCUCAGGUAGACAGCAAAGGGGUUAAUUGGCAUGAACCUAAUUUUGGAUUUGUGUGUGUGUUUGUGUGUGUGUUCUGUUACACUAUAUACUUAAAACAGUCCUCCUAACUAUGCUGCAUUUUUAUUUUUGUUAUGGCUUUGUUUUGUGCUGUUCUGUUCAUGUAGCACAAAUAAGCAUUGCACUUGGUACCGUGCUUUACCUCAUUUCAAGGAGAAAUAUACUUAAUUAGAGGAAUUAAUGUGGUUUGGGCCUUGCUGCUGCUUUGAUUUACUGAAUUUGAAAAAGAUGAUUAGAAUACCUGCAACGUGUCACUUAAAUUGCACAACUGAAAUAGGCUAUUUGUUGGGUUUUUUUGUCUGUAACUUUUUCUAUAUUUUAAGGAAGAAAGACUUUUGUCUAGGAUCCAGAGAGCCCCUUGCAUGACUGGAAGGUGCUUCUGCAAGUGGGAAGGGAGGGGUAUUCUCCAGUUUCCAAUGAGUCUUCUCCCCCAGAUACAGCUACUCACACCUCGUCCCAUACCCUUCUGAAGAUCCACUAACCCAGACACGGGGAACCUAUGACCUUUGGAUGUUGCUGGGUUACAAUUCCCAUUAUCUUUGACCAUUGGUCAUUCAGGCUGGGGCUGAUUGGAGUUGUAGUUCAGGAACAUUUGGCUGGCCACCAGUCCCUGUCCCUCCUCCAUCUUUUCAGUGGAUGCAAAGGGCUGCAAAAAGGAGGCGUGAGAUCCACACUGCACAAGCAGAACACUGCCCAGGGACUCUCAAGGUCCCAGCAGUAUCUUUUUUUUGCCAUCCUUUGUGAAACGGUCUUGUGAAACGGUUGACAUUUAAAAUUGACUCUUUCCAACCCCCCCCCCUUGCUGUAAAUUCACUGAACAUGCAUACUUAACAGUCAAUAAGAUUUCUCCUUCAUUUUGAAUCUGAAGGGAUCUAUCUGUAGGUAUCAUCUGGUCAAGUGCAGAAGGCAGAAUUUUUAACCAGAUUGAACUGUGAGAAGUCCUGUAAGGGGUAAGGCCACAUCUGCAAGUGGCAUAAACUGGCAGUCCCCAAAGUCGCAGCCUUUUCUAACUGAAAAAAAAAGUUAUUUGACAAUAUUUGAGCCAUGCGCUGUUCUCCAUUCCUCAUUGAAUGUAAUGGAAUUAGUUGUGUGUGAGUAAUUAAAGAGACUGAACCUAGGGCAAUGUUACACUAUUAAUGGCAAAUAUUUUCACUUUCAGUGAAGCGAAGAUGUGUUAAUAUUUAUAAGACUGUGUCUUUAAAUCCUUAAGACUUUACAACCAUGAAAUGUAACUGAAACCUACAUUUUCACCAGCAGAAGUCUGAUAACAGAUAUCCAUAAAGUCAGGUAGAAAACAAAGGGUUGGAUCUAGACUAAGCGAGUUGAACUUAGUUCCCAUAGAUAUCAGUGGGACUAGCUUAAUCCAUUGCUUUCAGUGGAACUUAAGUUCAACUAACUUAGUUUUGAUCCAGCCCCAAACUGUUAAUUGCAACUUCAUGCAAGAGUAACUCAACAUUAAUCUAUCUGUUUUAUUCCCCAAGUCUUUUUAUAGCUUCCCCACUUGCAUAUGUUUAAUUUGGAUAACCACAGACUGUUUAAAUUGAUAUGAUCGAUGCACUCAGUUUUACUACAGCAGCAAGUUAUCUAGAAAAACAGAAGUUGAACAAGCAUUGAAAAUUGCAGGCUUUUUUAUUGUAAAUAGUUUGACUGUAAAGAUGGUUAAAAUCAAGUAGAAUGAAUAACAUAAUUUGAUGGACAAUAAAAUAUUUCCCAUCACAUGCUGCAGCUGUCUAAGGGACAUAAAAUGUAAUUCAUUCAUACUGUAAUCAUGCUGCAGAAAUUUGCAGUCUGCACCUUAUGGAUCACAAUUACCUUUAAUAGAUUUUUUUGUAAUAAUUGUAGCUGAAUAUAUCUCCAAUAAAGUUAUGGUCUGUUCA